AUGAAUGAAACUGUCAGCAUCACAAUUAUCAGUUUUAUUGGCCAGUGGAGAAUAGACAGUGCUGCCACAUCUACCUAUGAGAUCGGAAACUCCCCGGAUCACCGCGGCCUGGCUUGCAUGAAGAGACAAGGCGUGUCCAUGAGGCACGUGGCUCGGCAGGUCACCAAAGAUGACUUUAUGACGUUUGAUCACAUCCUCUGCAUGGACGAAAGCAACUUAAGAGAUCUGAACAAGAAGGUAAGCAGCGUGAAAAAGUGUAAAUCCAAGAUUGAGCUGCUCGGCUUUUACGACCCUGAAAAACAACUGAUUAUCCAAGACCCUUACUAUGGGAGUGAUAAAGACUUUCAGACGGUGUAUGAACAGUGUGUUAGGUGCUGCAAAGCCUUUCUGGAGCAGCACACAUAACAAACACAUUUAUCGACUCUCUCUUGGAUCCUCAAACACAGAUCUCACCUCAUCAUA